AUGAUUCAGAAGAAACAGAAGCUCAGCACCAUGGGUAACCAUCUCCCAUUCGUGACUUUCUCUACUCUGGUGUAUCUCUCUCAGCUUCCUUGGGUGAGAUGUGAAGAGAACUGUGUGAAUUCUGAGCACUGUCUAACCACUGACUGGGUCCAUCUCUGGUAUAUCUGGCUGCUGGUAGUGAUUGGUGGUCUAUUCCUUCUGUGUGGCCUCACCUCAGUCUGCCUCCGAUGUUGCCUCAGCCGACAGCAGGCAGGAGAGGAGGUGGGCCCACCACCAUACGAAGUGACAGUCAUUGCCUUCGACCAUGACAGCACCCUUCAGAGCACCAUCACUUCUCUUCAGUCAGUGUUUGGACCAGCAGCCCGAAGGAUCUUUGCAGUAGCUCACUCUCACAGCCCCAUGCCAAUACCUUCAUUGUCCUCGGCCCUGGAGAUGCCCCCAGGCUAUGAGGAAGCUCUGCACAUGAGCCGCUUCACAGUGUCCAGGUGUGGGCAGAAAGCUCCUGAUCUGGCUCCAGUGCCUGAAGAGAAGCAAUUGCCCCAUGGGGAGAAGGAUGUUCCCCAACAACAUCUAGGGGACACCCCCAAUUGA